ACAAAGCAGAGUGUAGUAAUCCAACAAGCCUUGCCCCGAUGUCUGUCUGCCUGCUCUCAUCAGCCGUGAGCAGUGGAAAGCAUAGGAGAGUACGGCAUGACGCUAACGGUUGACAGAGAGCAGACUACCGCAAAGUAAACCAUCGAGAACACGGGUGUGCGCGCGAAGUUUCCACUACAUCUGCUGGCCCUGAGUGCAAAUUGCUGCAAAAGUAGGCACACCAAAAUAGAAUUUUGCAACACCAUCGUGGAUACAUCGAUGUGGCACGAUUGUGUUAAAUGGUGAGAGGUGAUACAGGACACGGGGGACGCAGGUGAUACGGAUACUCCUAGUACGUCGUAAUUUAGGUGAGCAGUUGAACUCCCUUUGGGCGCAUGUACUGCCCUCACACAAGCGGCGAGCCGGCGGACCAACCGAAGCUCAGGUAGCAAACCGAACCGACCCAACGACCGCAACCAACGCUAUCCGAGGAUCCGAGGAGCCUGUGACUGUGGAGUUGUCGUGUUUUACAGCUUCGCGACUCUACCACUACCAGGUUCUAUUGAAUUUGAAGCGUUUGGUGUGAUUCGAUACGAAAAUGGCUGACCAAUGUAACAUCGCUACACGAUUAAAGUUUACGUGAAUUAGAAAGAAGAGCUAGUGUUGGUAAUCAGAUAGAACCAAUUUCAAAUUUGGAACCGGAGUGAUAUUUGUUUGCGACCCGAACAUUCAUAACCUUUAAAUAUGACGACGGAGUCGGCCGCAGCGCGAAGCUGUCGCCUAUGUGACGAAAACAAUGAUAAAAUGUACAGUGUAUUAGAAACAAAUAUUUUCAACAUACAAAUAAUCAAAAUGAUUCAGGAUUGUCUUCCUAUACUGAUUUAUAAAGAUGAUCCUCUAUCAAAGUUCAUUUGCCAUUCUUGCAAUGAGAACCUGAACAUGUUUUGUGAGUUUAAAAAGAGCUGUAUUGAAAUUGCUAAAAAACACAAAGAUGAUUUACUACACACAAUUGGAGGUGAUACUGCUGUUAAGUUGUACUUGGAGAAAGCAAAAAAACAUGUGUUGCCUUAUACUUUGGAUGAAGAUGUAAAUUCUGAAGCAACCAAUAUACAUAAUUCUACUAGUAUUUUCUCAGAGCAUACAACAAAUUCAGAUUUAUUGGAACUUGAUACAAGAUCAGUUGAGGAUAUGGAAAUUGAUCAUGAUGUAUCUUCAAAUGUGCCAUUGGAAAAGUCAUGCAAUAGUGAAUGUGGUUUGUCUAUUCAACACAAGCCAAGAAUUUCGGGACCAAGGAGUAAAACAAACUUAUACACAAAAGUAACAAAGACUGAAGAGGUUGUGUAUCAACCUCGGGAUUUAAUUGAGCUUGUAGUGCAGUGUAUAAAUGGACAAAACAUCCCUGACUUUGAAUUUAACUUCUCAACACGAGAAGUCCGAAUAUCAGAAAGUUUGAGUUAUUGUUGUAGAUAUUGUGAGAAAAUCUUUGAAGAUGAGGCUGAAUUGGCAGUACAUGAGUUGGAUAUUCACAUUCAGUUACAUCUUCCCAGAGUUGAUAAAGGAUCUGCCUGGAGUGAUUCUCAAGAUGAAUUUGAGACUCGUAACCUAUGGAUGGCAGCGCAGGAAGCACCGGCAACUGAUUCCACCAGUAUGACUGAAGUUAAUGGGGAUGAUGGAAAGGAUCUGCUAGUUCCCAUUGUCGAAGAGAAAGUCGAAGUAAAAGAAGAAGCACCUGAAUUAGACUCUUCCCGAAAUUCUAUAGUUUACUUUGUUGGCCAAGUGCCGUAUGCCAACGGACAACUUUUAAAGAGUAUUCCAAAAGAAGUGCGGAAUACGUAUUAUCAGAGCGUGAUUUUUUGCGGAGCGAGGAAAAAGUUUUGUCAACUAUGCCGAUACACUUUUAAAGAUAACUGGUCAAUGGAUAAUCACUACUUUCUGGCAACUUGUUGCCAGUCUUGUCAUUACUGUGGCAUGAAGUUCCAUAAACGCAAUAAACACGAACUACCUGGACAUGUUAAUGCGCAUGAGUUGGCUGGUCAUACAAAAUCACUGAGUGUGUUUGCCACGAAUGAUCGUGGAGACAUUGUUGAAUAUGAUACCAGUUGUUUGAAAACGUACGUUCCGCUGCUUGCCCACGCUUAUUAUUCCCGAGCGCCGAAACCACCACCGCCCAAACCAACGCCGAUGAAGCUUAGAGUGAGACAAAUACUUCCUACACCUGCACCCGUGCUGGACAAUCCACCUCCACCUUCUCGGCAGUCACUACCGCCGAGGGAAUCAUAUUCUAAUGAACCGAUUAGAAGUGCCAGUCCGGAUGUCGUUAAAAACCAGGCUUAUUUCUGCAAAAAAUGUUAUCAGGUGUUUACGAAAUUGAGCAAUUAUAACUCGCAUAUUGUUUCUUGCAAUGGCGUGACUGAACCUGAAUUGUCCGUGAUACGGCCAUACAGCAAUAAUUUCGCUCCUCCAGCUCUCUCCAGUAAAGUGCGAAGCAACACCAAGAAAAUGCCGGCGCUUAAACCUCUGCCUCCGCCGGUUAAAAUCAAACAAGAGAAUGGAAUCACCGAAGCACCAGUGGAGGACUUUCCGUGUAACUUUUGCAGCGCUGUUUUUAAGACUGUGUACUCACGUAAUAGUCACAUGCGGAUACAUGUUCGCAACAAGCCGUCGGCGGGUGGUGCCCAGCAAAAUGCGCAAAAACGCCCUGCUGCCCCUCCGAUUGUACCGCCGAAGAAAAUAAAACAGGAAAGCUUUGAACCGAUUGUUGAAAUUCACGAGGGUGCAACAACAACUAUUGGCAGCGUCAGUAUUACUCCGUUGAAGAGAGUCAUGUCUGGCCGUGUAAAUCCAGACGUUCUGAAACUUGUGGAGAACAAUCCGAAUAUCACAUUUAAGCCGCGAACUUCGAAUCCAACACCACCGCGGCAAACCAGUCAGUUUGAGAGAGCAAAGAAUCCCGUAAUCACGCCAAUGCCUUCACCGCAGCCUAUCGAUGAGAGCGAUUCUGCUAAAGGGUAUAAAUGUGCGUCUUGUUUCCAGCAAUUUGGGAACAAAUCAAAUUUGUACUUUCACAAGAAAAACCAAUGCACUGGAUCUCGGUUUCCGUGUCCGUUUUGUAAAAAGCGUUUUGGAACCGCCAGCGAAUAUAGUUCUCACAUUUUUUAUAGUCAUCCAGAAUAACACCGUAUGUCAUGAGGAUUUUUAAUAGAGUAGUUAAUUGUACAUAGAAAAUUAUUUUACUUCUAGUGACUUAAGUAAUUAAUAAUUUAUGAAUGUAAGUUAUACAACUAGGAAACAUAAAGUUCAGGCCAUAAAUAUUUAAUUUUUGGACAUAUAUUUCAUUAUUUUGCUUACUCUACACAUAGUGAAAUAACUAAUUCUUGGUAUAAAUAUGCUGUUACAGAUAAAGAUCUAUAUUUAAAUAUGAAGCUCAGUAGCUAGUGUUCAACUA